CCGCACCAGAUCCCAGCCACUCUCCUCGCCUUCUAUAAUCCUCCGCGCAAAACCCCAAAAACCCCAACACGCAGAGAGAGUGGUAACUCAGCGUCAUCAACCCAAAAAAGCGCGCGAAAUGCCAGAGCUACCGGAGGUGGAGGCGGCCCGGAGGGCCAUAGAGGAAAACUGCGUCGGGAAGAAGAUCACGAAAGCAAUCGUAGCCGACGACUCCAAAGUCAUCGACGGAGUCUCGCGCGCGGACUUCGAGGCCUCGCUCUUGGGGAAGACCAUCGUCGCCGCCCACCGCAAGGGCAAGAACAUGUGGCUCCAACUCGACUCUCCUCCUUUCCCUUCCUUCCAAUUCGGGAUGGCGGGUGCUGUGUAUAUUAAAGGGGUUGCGGUCACCAAGUACAAGAGGUCUGCUGUGAAGGACACUGAUGAGUGGCCUUCCAAAUAUUCCAAGGUUUUUGUCCAACUGGAUGAUGGUCUGGAGUUCUCGUUCACUGACAAGAGGCGAUUUGCAAGAGUCCGCCUACUUGAAGAUCCAACUUCUGUGCCCCCCAUAUCUGAGCUCGGGCCCGAUGCUCUCUUGGAGCCAAUGACAGUAGAUGAACUUCUUGCAUCAUUAAGCAAGAAGAAAAUAUCAAUUAAGGCUCUAUUGCUUGAUCAGAGCUUUAUAUCAGGAAUUGGCAAUUGGGUUGCUGAUGAAGUACUAUACCAAGCAAGAAUUCAUCCGGAGCAAAGUUCUGCCACCCUGUCCAAAGAAUGUGUUGGAGCCUUACACAAAAGCAUCAAAGAGGUUAUUGAAUAUGCAGUCCAAGUUGACGCUGCAUCUACUCACUUCCCCUGUGAAUGGUUGUUUCAUUUUCGUUGGGGCAAAAGGCCUGGAAAAAUUAAUGUUGAAGUUGGAGCAGAUAGUGAUCAAUAUCCUAGUAAUUGGAUUUUUCAUUCCCGUGAAAAGAAACCGGGAAAGGUGUUGGUUGAUGGGAAGAAGAUUAAUUUUAUCACGGUUGGUGGCAGGACUUCAGCUUUUGUACCAGAGCUUCAGAAGUUAACUGGAAAUCAAGCUGCCAAAGCAGGAAGUAAACGAACUAAUAAGAGUAUUGAUGAUGUCGAUGAAGAAGCAAGUGAUGAAGAAGUCAAGGGAACUACCAAAUCUAAGAAAGGUAGGAAGCCUGGAGGUCAGGCCAAGAGGUCUGCUGUGAAAAGAAAAUCUAAAGACAGUGAUGAUGAAGACAAUGACAAUGAUGAUUCUGCUGAUGAUGUCGAUCAUGAAGACAGUGAUGAUGAUGCUGAUGAAGAUCGAAAGAACAAAACAAGAAAGGUGACAACUAGUAAGCAAUCCAAGGCAGGGACGACAUCAAAGAAAAAGGUGCAGACCAGUCAAAAUAGUAAACCAAAGAAGAGAGCGAAGUAGAUUCUGACUUUAGUUCCUAGCCCAGUCAUGUGUUUCUGAAAAAUGGGUGCACGACUGCAUUCAGGUUUGGUAACUCCAGCUAGUAGUAAGCAAUUUUUGACAUGAAACUGGGCUUAAUUCCAACUAUAUGGAUAAACUAAUGACUUCCAUUAUGUAUUAUAUGCUAAACUGUGGUCGGAAAUAUGCAUUUAUCUCUUUGUUUCUA